UUAUGACAGACCAAUCUGACAGAUAACGCAUUACUCAUAUUGGUCUAAAGUUCACAGUCUAGUGAGGUCCACAGUGACAGGGACACGCUGGCAUUCAGAGGCUCCACUGGUUCCACAGGAAUACGUCUACAACUGUGUGUGAGUGUGAAAAAGAGAGAGGAGAGAUGGACAUCCUGGACACAGACGCUUAUGACCGCAGACAACGCAGGAGCACGUCUUGUAUUCUCUUUCUCUACCUCCUCCCUUUCUUUGCUUCAACAGCGGUGUAUUUCUACCUGUGGAUACCAGAAUCCACCCCCUCUCCCCUGGCUGCAGGUGUAAAGUCCGCCCCUGUGCUCUCAUUGGCUCUUCUGGUGCUAAGUUACAAUGGGGGGUGGAGCCUGCUGGGUGUGGCUGGAGGGUUGGUCCUAUCGGCAUGUGGAGACGCCUGUCUUAUCUGGAAAGAACAUUUUCUUCAUGGGAUGGCCUGCUUUGCUCUGGCCCACAUACUCUACUCUCUGUCCUUCCUCUCCUGGCGUUACUCCUCCUCCUCCUCCUCCUCCUGGCUGUACGUGCUGUACCUCCUGCUGUGGGGGGUGAGUGGUGGGACAUUCUUCUACCUGCUGCCAUUCCUCCGCUCCUCCCAGGACCCUGACAUCUACGUGCCAGCCAUCGGGGCUUACACGCUGCUCAUCACCGUCAUGGCAACCCUGGCGUUGCGGACGCGCCGUACACUGGUCAUGCUGGGAGGGCUGACCUUCGUGAUCUCUGACCUCACCAUCGCGCUUCAGAUGUUCAAGGUCAUUGAGACACUGGAUUACAAUCGACACAUCAUCAUGACAACGUACUACCUGGCACAGCUACUGAUCGCUGUGGGUGAUGUGAAGACCACACUGACACCGGAAGCAGAUGACUUAGUCAAAAGGAAGAGGUUGUAGGGUCAGAUCUGAGUCAGAUAUACAGCCUCAGACCUGUGAGAAGACCUUUUCAUCUUCAAAUGUUUGUGUUGGGGAAAUCCUGUACCCAUGAUGUGCAGGUCCCAGGACUAAGACAUCUGUAUUAUUGAAACGUUUUCAUGUUUUCAUGGUUGUAGCUGUUGAAGGUUUACAGUUGCUGCUUCCUUCCAGGACGUAGGAUCGCCCUGGAACGGUGGCAUGGCAGGCGUUACGUGUGUGUCUGACAUAAGCAUCCCAUCUGCUCCUAAUAAAGAUGGAAUUUGCCCAUUCAAGCUUUUUCCAGCUUACUUUUUCUUAGUCCAGUAUGUACAAUCUUACGGUAUUAUUAUUCAGAAUUGUUCUGUUUCAUUAUUUAGGGCGUUUUCACACUACAGCGUUUUUCAGGGCCUGUCUGCUGUGCUCUGACUCACGUACUGUUCUCUCUGUCUUACUCCACAAGUUUGAUACAUUUUGUCAAGUGUGAAAGCAGUUUUCGGACCCAGGAGCAGGUCGGGGCAGCGAUGUCUGGUCCAUCUGACAGUGCUGGUCUGGGGUUCUGGUGCAGUCCAAGCCAGUGUGGAUGCUCUCUGCUCCCAGUGCCACAUGUGGGGUUGUGUGUUUGGUUCAUUUUGUCACGUGACUGCUUCCACUUAUUGCAUUACUUCCCUUUUCAAGUGUAUUUUCUGAGUAAAUAAAUGCUUACUUUUCAGAAAACUUUUAAAAUCCAAAUGAGGUACCCAAACGUUUUGCACAGCCCUGUAGAGUGUACAUUAUAAGGUAAAACCAGAUUGUGUAUGGAUCCUUCUUUUUAGCAGGAGCUCCUGCAUAGUGAAAUUCCACGCAUCCUGAAAACACUGUUCCUCUCCGCCCGAGUGUUUUUAUCCAAGCAAAUAGACGAAGUGAUGUACGGAAUAAAGUAAUCAAUCCACGGUUCAGACUGAGUUCUUUAUGUGUGAAGGCAAACCACUGCUAACGAGCCCCUCCCCCAGACGAGCCCAAAACCGGUCCUGGGUGCGGACUCAUUCCGGACGGAUGUGAAGUGCCCGUGGUGUUCCUGUAAAACCCUGUGGUUCCGUCUUGGUCACAGUACAGCAGGUUUUCAGCCAUGAAGAAGAAAUUCUUCAUUUUCAUACUGUUCAUUAUAACACUGAGUGUUCCGGGUG